AUGGCUCCCGCCGUUCCAAGAUCCGGUGACGCUAUUUUCGCCAACGUCGAGCGCGUGAACGCCGAGCUGUUCACUCUGACAUAUGGAGCGAUCGUGCGACAAUUGCUUACAGAUCUGGAGGAGGUUGAGGAAGUCAAUAAGCAACUCGACCAAAUGGGUUACAAUAUUGGAAUCCGGCUAAUUGAUGAGUUUCUUGCAAAAUCUAAUGUCACAAGAUGUGUUGAUUUUAGGGAGACAGCUGAAGUCAUAGCAAAGGUUGGCUUCAAAAUGUUCUUAGGGGUCACCGCAUCUGUGACAAACUGGGAUAAUGAAGGAACUUGUUGCAGUCUCAUUUUGGAAGAUAAUCCACUUGUGGACUUUGUUGAGCUUCCAGAUAAUUGUCAAGGUUUAUAUUACUGCAACAUCUUAAGUGGAGUUGUCAGGGGAGCCCUAGAGAUGGUGUCAAUGAAGACUGAAAUCACAUGGAUUAGGGAUAUGCUUAGAGGAGAUGAUGCAUUUGAGUUACAAGUGAAGCUUCUUAAACAAGUUCCAGAGGAGUAUCCAUACAAAGAUGAUGAGUAGUGUGCUUUUCUUGAAUCUUUAUUUAUGUAUAUACAAUAUGAUUUUUACAUUCCUGUUUUCGUUUGUGAUAAAAGGAUUUUAGUACUUUUUUCUAUAUUACUAUUAUUUUGUUAGAACUUGUUUGGUCUUACUCCCCUUAUUAAACUAGAAUGUGGGCGCUAAAUUACAUUAUUUUCUUGGGUUAAUGUCAAACUGCAGCCAAUAGUA